AUGCAAGCCCUCCCGCCAUCGCCGAAAUCCCGAAGCCCCGAACCACAAGUCGACGACUCUUCAGCAUGGAGCCGUCUCAUGACCAGCUUCUCCCGUGCCCCAGCGCGACAUGGUGAAAAUGAUAGUCUCAGCAGCUACAACAGCUACGCCUUCAACGGGCGGCUGUUCAACAUGAAGAAAGCGAACUACAACUCUGCCAACACAGCACUAGCCCGAGAAUUGAAGAAUCGGCACUUGCAGAUGAUUGCGUUCGGUGGAUCUAUCGGAACGGGUCUUUUUGUCGCGUCGGGUGUUGCGCUGUAUCGCGGGGGACCGGUCUCGCUGCUUCUGGCGUUUAUCACCAUGGGCGCUAUGCAGUUCUUUACGAUGCAGGCGCUGGGGGAGUUGAGUGUUGCGUUUCCGGUCGGAGGAUCGUUUGCGAAUUAUUCGACGAGGUUUUUGGAUCCGAGUUGGGGAUUUGCAAUGGGUUGGAAUUAUACGCUGCAGUAUCUUAUUGUGCUGCCGCUUGAGAUCAUUGCCGGGGCAUUUACGACGAAUUACUGGAACCCCAAUGCAAGCAAGAGUAUUUUUAUCGUCCUCUUCUUCAUUCUCAUCCUUGGUAUCAAUCUACUCGGGGUGAAAGCCUACGGCGAAGCCGAGUUUAUCUUCUCAGCCGUCAAAAUCACAGCCAUCGUAGGCUUCAUUCUUCUCGGUAUAAUCAUCAACAUCGCAGGUUCCCCAGAAGGAGACUACAUCGGUUUCACACGGUGGCACAACCCCGGCGCGUUUCACAACAGCUUCAAAGGCUUCGCGAGCGUUUUAGUAACAGCAACUUUCUCCUUCGGCGGCACAGAAAUGGUCGGGCUCGCAGCGGCCGAAACAAGCAAUCCGAAAAAGUCCAUCCCCGCAGCGGUUAAACAAGUCUUUUGGAGGAUCUCCCUGUUUUACAUCCUCUCGAUUUUACUCAUUGGUUUACUGGUGCCGUAUAAUGAGCCGAGAUUGCUGGGGGCCAAGUAUGGUUCUGAUGCGGCGGCUAGUCCGUUCGUGAUAGCCAUUGAGAUGAGCGGUUCGGAUGUUUUGCCGGACAUCAUGAAUGCUGUUAUUCUGAUAUCGCUAAUUAGUGUUGGGAAUACAGCUGUGUAUGCGGCGUCACGGACGUUGGCGGCGUUGGCGGAACAGUCACUUGCGCCAAAGAUGUUUGCGUACAUUGACCGAACUGGACGACCUCUCGUGGCGAUUAUUUGCUGCGGCCUGCUAGGUUUACUAGCAUUUACCGCCAACUCGAAGAUCCAUAACGAGAUCUUCAACUGGCUCCUUGCGAUCAGCGGGCUCAGCACCCUCUUUACAUGGAGUUCCAUUUGUGUCUGCCAUAUUCGCUUUCGAAGAGCAUGGCAGCUAUCAGGAUACAAUGUUUCCCAGCUUGCCUUUCGGUCACAGGUUGGAGUUUGGGGAUCGUGGGUCGCACUCGCAGCUUACGGAACUGUUCUGGUUCUUCAGAUAUGGGUUGCCAUAUCGCCGAUUCAAGCGGAAGGCGCAGAUCCCCUCACAACGGCGGAACGGUACAAGAACUUCUUUCUGCAGAUUCUGACAAUCCCUAUUAUCUUUUUGUUCUAUUUUACGCAUAAGAUAUGGGUGGGGACUAAGGUGUACAUCCGCCUCAAAGCAAUCGUCACUUUCAUCCGUCUUAUAAACUACAUCUUCACGCGUCCUCACUUCACGCCCUCACCAACAUGCAUUCGCAAGCCUAUCCGCAUUCCGUCUCGUGACCUCAAUCGCUUCAUCAACGCUUGGAUCUACUACCCAAACAAAUACACCGACACUAAAAAAUACGGUCUCGUAAUCAAUUGGCACGGCGGCGCUUAUACCCUCCCGAAUCUCGGCAUGGACCAUCAAUUCUGCGAGAAAAUAGCCACAGAGAACAAUGUCCUAGUUCUCGACGCUGAUUACCGAAAAGCACCCGAGCAUCCCCUUCCUGGAGCUGUAGAGGACGCUGAGGAUACUUUCAGAUGGGUUGACAGUCAGGCACAAAUGUUUGAUCUUGACAGAGUUGCCUUGUCGGGGUUUGGUUCUGGAGGAAACCUAGCGCUUGUUGCAUCAGCUGAACUGAGGCGUGAGUUCAAGAUGAACAUCAGAGCGGUAUACGCUUUCUACCCAGGCGUUGACUUCUCCAUCCCGCCGGAAGAGAAGACGGUUUCGAAGUCCAUUCGACCUCUUCCUGUGUCUUUUCAGCACCUUCUCACUGAGGCGUACGUACCGCGCGUUGAAGACCGCAAGUCACCCAGAGCAUCGCCCAUGUAUGCCGAGGGGACCUCUUUCCCAGAGCAUGUUAUGCUUGUUGCUUGUUCUGACGAUAUCUUCACGCCUGAGAUUGAAGUUUUCGGAAAGAAGUUGGAGCGGGCUGGUCGUGAUGUUGAGAUUGUCAGGAUCGAGGGGGCUCAUGGGUGCGAUAAGACUACGAACCCAAAGACUUUCAGGGCUCAGGCGAGAGAUUUCGCGUAUGCUAAGCCCAACAGCACCAACGCGACCAUGAAUGCCGAGGGAAGUCUCACAGAGAUGAAUGAAUAUGAUGUUAUUUCCGUCAAGUUCGGACAGCUAAAAAAGUCAAUGGAGGAAGAGAAGCCUGAAUUCCGUCGUCGUGAACUCCUGCAGAGUCUGAAGAACACACGCUUAACACGGAUCCUGCGGAGGGAUAUCCAUGAAAGGGCCAGUUCCAUUGAUUUGAAGCAUGUAUGCAUUCAUUUCCAGUGGCAAGUCCAAGUGGCCAUCACUGCCAUGGUACCUCAGCUUGUCUCACCAGCACCCAGCACCACUCUCCCUCAUAUCAAGGUUAUCAAAUCCUCACCCAUGAUGGCGUCCAACCCUAAAGAUCAGCAUUACGAAAUGCUCGGCUCUUCUCUUUGGAAGCUCUACGAAACCGGGAUGUACUCCGACCUCACUAUUACCUGUGGUGACGACGUUCACAAGGUGCAUAAGGCUAUCAUAUGCCUGCGAUCAACCUUUUUCACGGUCGCUUGUAAUGGACAUUUCAAGGAGGCUUUGGAGAAUAGAAUCGAUCUCCCAGAAGAUGAUCCUCACGCAGUGCGUGAUAUGAUCUAUUAUCUCUACAACCUCGACCUUGUUGGAUACGAGUUCGUCCCAGAAGACGGAAACUUUCUCGAAGAAGAGCUCUCAACAACUCAGCACGACGAUGAUUUGAAGCAAUUCCUAGAAUCCCAAGGCCAUCGAUUCGUCGGGAAUCGACGGGUCAAGGGCAUGGUUCCGAAGCUCGGAGUGCAGAUUGGCCCUUCUUCAAACCUCUGCCUGUUCGCCAAGGUCUAUGCUCUGGGAGAGAAGUACGGAAUCCCGGGGUUGAAGCUCAUCGCACUCACCAAGUUUGAGAAACUCGCCAAAGCAUACGCUCACACCGAGGACUUUCGACUUGCAGUGGAGGAAGUCUACACCUCCACGAUUGAUGAGGAUCGUGGUAUGCGAGAUGUCGUUGCCAGUACCGUGGAGGAGAACAUGGACCUGUUGGAGGACGAAGCCUUCGAAUAUCUCGUCAAAAACACUGAAUUGGGAUACGAUCUUCUUAUGAAGACCGCGGCGAUCCAUCGCUCAGGGGGGUUUAGAGUUUACUUCUAG